AUGGCUGAAGGCUUAAUUACACAAGUAUCUUACUCACAGGAUAUAUCAGACAUUGAUACCACCAUUUCUAAUGAAGAUCCUUUACCAAGUACUCUAAAGUUCGAACUGCGUGGGAGGCAGUUUGUCAUUGCCCGCGAGACAUUGAUUUCUCUUCCAGAGAGCUUAUUAAUAUCCAUGUUCCCACAUGGACUAGCUGUUAAGAUUGGCGACGAAAGCUCCUUUGCGUCCAUUGAAGACCCUGUGUACACCAUAGAUUAUAACCCCGACUGCUUGGAUUUUGUACUCCGCUUUUUGGAGAGCUGCAAUGGAACAUUUGCCGAAGAGAGGAGCAUGAGAGAGGACAUCUUAUUGGCCAACGCAGCAUUGGGAGAUAUAGCAACGCUGCAUUCAGUACAAUAUCAACUUUUGACAAAACAAGCAAUCAUCGUGCUUAGAGAAGAAUUAGAGUACUAUGCUUUACCACCUCGAUCGACCAUAGGGAAGAACACGAACGGCAUGAAUGAUAUCAAGCGAAGCUGCGGGCGAAAACUUGUGGCACAGAAUCAAAUAUUUGCUCCGUUAGAACGCAAUAUUAAAAAAGAGGAUAAUACUGCUGAACAACAUUUGAUUGACAUGCUCUGCCAAUCGGGUUAUUCACGGAACGACGUUUGGGAUCAUAGAGCUUUAGAACCCAAACAAACGUGUAUAAUGAGUAUCGCUCUUACAAAAUUGAAAACCAAUUCAGACGAAUCGUAUUUACCGACCGCUCAAAAAAUGCUGUUAUUUUGGAAGAAACCUGCAAGAAAAUGCUGGUGGGAAGGAAGCGCGGUAGAAGUGCAUAGUACUCCCGUGCGCGUAUGGUGUCGUCGUACCUGGACAUUGGAGUUAGUUUUGAUCUGACGCUGGGUGUGUGUUCCUUGGUUUUCUGAACCCAAAUUGGAGCAGAUAUUCUCCGAUGUCUCAGCGC